AUGCCCGAGCUACCGACACCAAGAUCACUAUCAGGGCCUCUCGUAUGGUCUGAACAGAGCCUCAGGAACAAGGACGAAGAGCUCUACAAGUUGAAACUCACCUCCAAUGAGAUUUCCGAUAUAAAUACAUCCCUAGAACAUUUCAAGGCUCUUGAACUCGACUUGGACCAAGUUUCCCCCGCCACCUUUCCCCUUGGAGGCCUUGCACGCCAGCUUCAGAAUGUCGCCCAGUCAGUUCACGGUGGCCUCGGAUUCACUGUCAUCCAAGGCCUGGAUAUGGCCCAGUAUUCCAUCAAGGACAGCGUCAUUAUCUUCCUAGGGAUCGCUAGUCAUAUCGCCGACAAGAGGGGAUAUCAGGACACAAAGGGGAACAUUUUGGCCCACAUCACCAACUCGAAACUUUGGAAUGUUCCCAUGGAGAAACGUCAUGGGAUUCACUCCAACAAAGCGCUCCCGCCAGACAGCUCAAGUCUCCCAUGCCACCAGCCUUUCCACAACGACAUGGGUUGUGACAUCCUAGCCCUGCAAGCUCGCCACGGUACAUGUGCUGGUGGCUGCAUAUGUCUGAGUUCCGCUUGGACUGCGUAUAACAGGCUUCUUGAUGAUGAGCCUGACGUCCUACAGACACUUCUGGCCCCCAACUGGCCCGUUCAGAUAUCGGGUCACCACAGUCGGUAUUAUCUGGCCCCGGCAUUGGCCAUGCACGGGGGUAAGCUGAUGACAAGCCUGGACCCCAACCGCUUCGGGCGCCAUGCCGCAAGUACCCAUGCAGACAUUCCGGAUUUGACAACGGGACAAAGGCAUGCGCUCGAGAGGUUAUUCGACGUGGCCAUGCAGGCCGAGGUGCGAUUGAAGCUCGAGACUGGCAGCUUUCUGUUUCUCAACAACUGGGCCAUCCUUCAUCGCCGUGACGCCUACGAGGAUGACGAAAGCACAUCUCGCCACAUGGUUCGACUCUGGCUGCGAAACAGCCAAUUGGGCUGGGCCAUCCCGACCCGAAUGCUCCCACCAUGGUUGGCAGCGUACGGGGACGGCCUGCAGAGGGCCUCUCCGAUCUAUGCACUUCACCCCUUGACCACCUAUAUCGCUCCAAAGUAUUCUGCAGGGUCGGCUGCAUUUGUUAUGGAAGACUCUGACGAGUCAGAUGGCGAGUGA